ACAGGCAGAGUGGAAGAGGGUAGCUGCUGCCCUAGCAGAGCCUUAUUUUGAUUUGCACUCUAAUUGACCCAAAUAAAGAGUGCUGUGCCACGAACAGAGGUUUUUCUCUUGGCUGCGUGGCCUCGGGGGGACAAGCACGCACGCGCGCGCGCGCGCGCAGCAGAAGCGGCGGCGGCAGCUGACGCAGAGACCCUUUCCUUGGAAAACCCCAUUUGCUGUCGUGCUCGUCCAAUCGGAUGCCCUCGGCUCGUAAAACGUUUGACUUGACGUUUUCACUGUAUACUACUGCUUCCGUCUCCCCGUGUCCUCCACUCCCUCUGGCACCGAGGAGAUCCCCGUCCCGCCUGUGCCAUGACUCCUCAUCUGAUCACAUCCCAGCAACAGCAGCGAGGCUUGAGAUGACUGCGCCGGUCGAUCUAAGGCACAGUCGAGACGGGAUAGGCUCGGUUUUUCUCGUGAAAAGGCGCAGUGAAAUUGGGGGGGGGAAAUGCAGGAGAAACUGACCGACACCCAGACUCCUGCUUCAUCGCGGGCAUCGUCGUUUUUUAUCGAGAACCUACUGAGCAAGGAGCGCGACGGGCAGGAAUCGGUGUCGGACAGCAGUCGAGGUGAAGCGAGUGCGGACUUGGUCUCUACUGGCCGAAUCCGGAACGCUCUUCCAGCGCCCCGUGUCUCAAGCUCCACGGCCCCCAGAGAGUCGCCGUUGCAGUGGCACCGCGGGGGGGCUGCUUUGAACUUUAGAGCGUUGGAAACACCGCACAGUCCAAGGGACAGUGCAAGUCUAGAGGAUCACUGCUGCUCCGUGACGACCAGUGACAGAGGUUCACCCGCCGUGUCCGAGCCGAUAACGGAGGGAAGCGACGAGACCGACAGGAGAGCAGGGGGCCGCAACCCGACGGACGACAACGAGGACGCGCCCCGUGCGUCGGUCACUCUGCCGGAGCAAGACACGUCGUCCGACCCGAGCUCCACUCGGAAGAAGAAGACCCGGACCGUGUUCAGCCGCAGUCAGGUGUUUCAGCUGGAGUCGACCUUUGAUGUGAAACGGUAUCUGAGCAGCUCAGAGAGAGCGGGGCUGGCAGCGUCCCUCCACCUGACGGAGACCCAGGUCAAAAUCUGGUUUCAGAACCGGAGGAACAAAUGGAAGAGGCAGCUGGCGGCGGACCUGGAAGCUGCUCACAUCCCAACGUCGACCCAGCGGAUUGUCCGGGUCCCCAUCCUGUAUCACGAGGGCCCCGCACCCACCGCGGCUCUUGGAUUCAACUUGACCGGACACCCAGUUUCUCCACCCGUUCCGGGUUUCUCCAGCUCAAUCAACUAUCCCCUGUCCUCGUUUGCUCACUCCAUGAGCAUGUUGAGAUCGCAGAUGACCGGCUUGGUGUAACGACUGGUAUCAAACUGCUCGUUAACAUGUUAACAACGCCGAACCGUGCAAUAGCCCAACAAUCCUGCAGGAAACUGCUGACUGCGCCCAAAGAGCCACAGAGACCGUGAUUGUGACGCAAAGUAAUGCAUCAUUCUUUCACCUUCUGUUCAUAAGCCUCCGCCCCUGUCACUGUACAGACUACGAUAACAGACAUUGGAGGCCGAAGGUGUUCAUAUACUGUACGUUUGAUUUUUUUUGUAAAAACUUUUAUAUUUAAAGACACUGAUUUUUCCAACGUUGUCACUUUUUUCACAUAAGUGAUGAAUAAAAUUAUUUUAAAAGA